AUGGAGGUGGAGGAGGAGGAAAGACGCUCUCCACACGAUCAUGUGGAUCGGUGUGUUCCCGAGAGCUUCUUUGAUCGCGUAACGCAAGGGUUACGCGACGAUCUCGAGCAUGAGCGGAAUAGGCGUCUCCAGAUGGUGGACACUGCCUCGAAGCAUCGAGCUGAGUUUGCCUUUGCUCAGCUUGAGAACGAGAGAUCUCUGACAUCUCUUCGUGACGAGCUAAGGGUAGCUCGUGGGAUUGUUGAUCGGUCUCGGGCUGAGAUAACUGCUCUUCAUACCCUUGUUGAUGCCCACCAUCGGGAGCACAAGGCUCUCUGCGAGAUGCUUGAGCGCAAGGGCGUUCUUCAUCGGAAGAAGCAGCGUACUGAUGGUACGGCUUAA